AGACAGUUUGGGUAUCGCGUUUGUGCAUUCUGUUUACCGUCCCGUUCGACAAGUAGAAGAAGAAUCUCUCUAUCUCUUUCCUUUUCCCCUCGCAGCAGUCACUCAUCGGCCAUGUCUCAGGUUGAUAACAGAAAUUCCUCAGCUGCAAAGCGUGCCAGGACUGAUGGUAGCCGUAGGGAAGAUGACUGGACAUGUCCCAGCUGUGGCAAUGUCAAUUUCUCUUUCAGGACAACCUGCAAUAUGCGUAACUGCACCCAACCAAGGCCUGCCGAUCAUAAUUUGAAAUCUGCUGUGAAGCCUCUUCAAGCUCCACCGGCCUAUUCAGCUGCACCUCCUUAUAUAGGCUCCAAUGCCCCCCCUUCAAUAUAUCUUGGGGUCCCACCAUACGGGUCUUCUUUAUUCAAUGGAUCACCAGUUCCUCCCUACGAGGUUCCAUUUUCUGGAGGAUCAGCGGCCUAUCACUACAAUUAUGGAGGCCGCCUUUCUGCUGGCAGUCCGUAUAGACCACUGCAUCUAGCAGGACCACCACCAUACGCAAGUGGAUCCAUGGUGGGAAACGGUGGGAUCUAUGCCAUGCCUCAGUUAUUGGAUCGCUAUGGCCUUGGUGUCCCUAUUGGACCUGGAGCAAUGGGCACUAGGCCAGGAUUUUUUCGCGAUGACAAGUCUCAGAAAAAAGGAGGAGAUGCUACUCGUGACAAUGAUUGGGCAUGUCCAAAAUGUGGCAAUGUCAAUUUCUCAUUUAGAACUGUCUGCAACAUGAGAAAGUGCAACACUCCCAAGCCUGGAUCCCAGGCCUCAAAGCCUGACAAGAACUCUAAGCAAAAGAUGCCCGAGGGAAGCUGGAAGUGUGAAAAAUGUAAUAACAUAAAUUACCCAUUCCGAACCAAGUGCAACAGACAGAAUUGUGGUGCUGACAAGCCAGCUGAGUCGGAUAAAUCUCCCUCAUCAUCUCCAGAACAAAAUGACCAGGCAGAGAACCAUUGCGAAGAAAUGAAGAACUCAGAAGCGUGUUCUGAAGAAGCCGCUUGUUGCACUUCGGUCUUGAAGGAAGCAUCAUCUUUAGCCGCUUGUUGCACUUCGGUCUUGAAGGACGACACAUCUUUAAAGAGACCGAGAGAAAUGGAUGGAAAUUUUAAAAGGUCCUCAUUGAUCUCACCACUCGCCAGCAUUUGUAUUAAAAUAGUUUAAAUUUGAUUCAUUAAUAGGAUUAAUUGUUACAAAGAUUGUCGUAUAGUCUAGAUGCAUUAAACUUAACUACGAUCUGAUCUGAUUUGUAUAAUGAAAUAAUUUCCAUGCAACUUCUAUAGGAACUUUACAACUGACGCUGA